UCCCCACUAAACAUUCCUUUACUUUCUCUCGCUGCAGAAUCAGAAUCGAAAGAAUCGAUGGAGCUUCCAGUGAUUGAUCUCGAGCACUAUCUAGAAUUUUCUGCAAAAUCCGGAGGCGAAUUUGGCGAAGAUCAACUAGAUUCACAACUGAAGCAACUUUGUUCGGAAGUUAGCCGAAUCCUUAGAGAGACUGGAGCUUUGUUGGUGAAGGAUCCAAGAUGUACUUCGAAAGAUAAUGAUCGUUUUAUCGAUAUGAUGGAGAAGUACUUCGAGAUGCCUGAUGAUUUCAAGCGCCUUCAAGUGCGACCUCACCUACAUUACCAGGUUGGUGCAACACCAGAGGGAGUUGAAGUUCCUCGUAGUUUGGUUGAUGAGCAAAUGCAAGAAAAACUGAAGUUAUUGCCUAAAGAAUCCCAGGCUGGAGUUUUGAAAGGACCAGAUCCAAAAUGGAGGUACAUGUGGAGAGUUGGUCCUCGUCCAGUUCAUACACGUUUCCAGGAACUGAAUGCAGAGCCAGUUAUUCCUGAGGGAUUUCCCGAAUGGGAAGAGACUAUGAAUUCGUGGGGACAUAAAAUGAUAUCUUCUAUCGAGGCUGUUGCAGAAAUGGCAGCAAUUGGUUUUGGUCUUCCAAAAGAUGCAUUCACUUCUCUCAUGAACAAGGGACCACAUCUCCUAUCUCCGACAGGGAGCAACCUUCAACUUCAUGGUCAGGAAGGAACUGUGUUUGCGGGAUACCAUUAUGACCUUAAUUUUCUAACAAUUCAUGGAAGAAGUAGGUUUCCUGGUCUUAACAUCUGGCUAAGCAACGGACAAAAGAUGGCGGUGAAGGUUCCCAUGGGAUGCCUCCUCAUUCAGACUGGAAAGCAGAUAGAAUGGUUGACAGGAGGAGAAUGCAUAGCUGGGAUGCACGAAGUAGUUGUAACCAACAGGACAAUUGAUGCAAUGAAACUAGCUUCACAACAAAAUAACAGCCUUUGGAGGGUAUCUUCAACUUUGUUUUCGCACAUAGCAUCUGAUGCUGUGUUGAAGCCGUUAGGUCAUUUUGAAGUAUCUCCUCUCGCGAGCAAUUAUCCGGCUAUGCAUGCAGGAGAUUAUGUCGAACAGGAACUUGCUAUCAUCAAUCUGAAAGGAAAAUAAUUUUAAAAUAAUAUGCUAACAUGAUGGAAAAUUUGCAUAUUACUUGCUAUGUAUUUGAUCAUGAAGGUUUAGAUUUUGGAAAUAUUGAAGCAUUAUUAUUAAUAAUAAUAAUGUAUAAGAACAUCAUUUAAUGGUUUUUUUUUUUUUAUAAUAAUAAGUGGAUUGUUUGAAAAAUCA